AUGUCUGUAAUAAAACAAUUAUCAUGUACAGUACAAGAUGAUACAUGUUAUACGAAUUUUCUUAAUGCUCUGAAUGAAAUCAAAGAUGAAACUAUACGUAAUCGAUGUCAUAAAUAUUGGACAACACUUUAUCAAUAUUUUGAUCGUUCGAAGACUAAUGAACAUGUUCUCAUAGUUGAAGAGAAACGUAUACGCGAACUUUUACAUCGAUCUAAAACUCAUAAUGUACUUCAACGAGGUCAUGAAAUAUUAUCAGAUCUUCAUUCAAAAUAUAAUACAAGUAAACAAAAUAUUAAUGAUUUACAAACUGAACUUCAAAAGCACAAAUCACAGAAUAAUAUGAAAACAAUUUGCAACAUUGAGAUAAAAGAUCUUCAAACGACACGAGAAACUCUUCGACUAAAACUUAAUAUUAAUAUAACUGAAAAAGAAUUAAGUGAAAUUCAACAUGCAUUAAAAAAAGAACAAAAACUCUCAUUAGAAUUAAAAAUUCAGAAUAAACAAUUAAACAAUCUUCUUUUCCAGAAUGAAAAUGAUAAAAAUAUACUCGAAUUAAUUCAUAUAAAACAAGAACAAAUUGAAAAAGAAAAAGCAAUCAAACAAAAUAUUUCUCAAAUGUUACGAAAAUUUCAAGUUGAAUUGAAGAGAAAGAAAAAUAUUCUUUUUAUACAAAAUCAACAAAAAGAAAAAUUAAAAAUUCAACUUAUUCAUAUUGAAUAUCAACAUAAACAAUAUAAUCAACAAUCUACAAUAAAUAUAUCCGAUAAUAUAACUCAAUCAACAAAUAAUCUUAAAAAAGAACUUCAAUAUCGUUUACAAUUAAGUAUUCUUCAUAAUAAUGCCAAACAGGAACAUGAUAUACUUGACAAUACAACAAAACAAUAUGCAGUACUUGUUAAAGAACAACGUAAAAAAAUAAUUAAUUAUGAAAAAUUUCAUGAUAAAUGGAUCAUUGAAAUAAAUCAAAAACGAAAACGUUUAUUAGAAUUGAUAGAUAGACUUGAAAAAAUUGAUAAAUAUACAAUAAAUACAAAUAAAUUUUUUCAAGAAUUUAAUUCAUUAAAAUUAU